AUGUUUAAACUCGGGCAGGACUCGAAGCUCUUGGGCGCUGGCCAUGUCGCCCUCAACGUCCUGCGGGCGUUCAACAUCAUCGGCCUGGCUGCCGUUAUGAUGGCCAGCAUGGCCAUGCCCGUCCUCUCCGGCAUCCACGGCCACUUCUUCUUCUUCGACACCGCCACCCACCUCUUCGUCUUCUUCCUCGCCACCUUCCUCCUCGUCUCUGAGCUUCCCGUCCCCUGGAAGAAGCUCAAGGCGUACUACGAUCGCAACUGGCCCGUCGUCGGCUCCGACCACUCCCUCGCCUGGCUCGGCUGGGGCAUGGUUUUCAUCGGCUUCGAGAUCCUCGGCGAUGCCUGGAAGCCCGCCUACACAGCCGACACCCUCGGACUCGAGUGGUGGCGCGCCAUCCUCGCAGCCGCCAUCCUCUCCGUCACCUUCGGCUUCUUCAACAUCACCGCCUCGGUCAUCUUCCGCACCACCGUCGACGGACUCCGCGGCGAGCCCGUUAAGGUCACGGCCCGCCAGAUCCGCACAUACGGCAACCUCGCCCUGCAAAAAGCCGUCAAGAAGAGCGACGACAUCGAGCACAGCCUCGCCGCCUCCUCGCACUACUCGCCCCCGCAGCACCGCGAUAACUGGUCCGCCCACAGCUGGGCUGGCGGCGCCGCUCACAGCAAAGAGGAGGAAGUCGUCGAGCCGUCGUCCGCCGUCCGCCGCCUCACCCGCGUGCUCAACCCGCGCAACAUCAACUUCAACCAAUUCCGCAAGUCGCGCAUCCAAAUCAGCAAGCCCAUCCCGCAUCACCAGGACGCUGCCGUCGAUUCCGACCACGACGAUGACCGUCUCCCCUCUAGCCACGGGCACGUCGAUACGCACCAUACCCGUGACCGCAGCAGCCCUGUGGUGCCGGGCGUUGAGCGCCCUCCCACGGCGCUGCACCCGGCGUAUCUGGGUACCAACCGCUCGAGUCUGUACAGCGCGGCUCAUAUGGAUCGGUUCUAA